AUGGUUUCCAUCACCAAACUCGCCGCCCUUGGGCUCACUCUUCUGCGCUUUCGCGGCGUCUCUGCCGCGCCACAGCUGUACGGCCCGUGGAACGACGCAUGCUACUGGAAGUCUGGCGAUCCCUCCAAGAUGGGAGUCGCCCCUACUACUACCUUGAGCCUCCCGGUCGACGAACAAGUCGAGCCAACCAAUAUACGCCAACGAGCCCCGAGUUCCCUCUGCACCUACUGCGGAUUUCCAGACGAGUACUUCACGACGAGAACCAGCACCAUGACCGACACGUCCAUGGCUACGCCACACGUCGAGGAGAGAAGCAUUGUUGCCACUCCAGCGCCAACAGCUUGGGACGACGGCUCCGCUUUGGGCGUGCCGCCACCCGCCGUCGAUGCGUCGAGGAUUGAAUACCACGACCUCCCCAAUGAACCCGAGCCCAAGCACAACAGGUCCAUCACGCUCAUGGUCCACGGCCACCCUUCCGUCCUUGGCUCCCCGGGCCAUCACGACCGGAGGGCGCCCAGCCGCCCGGCCUACUGGAAGCCCUCGCCCCUCGACCAAGCUCAGUCGGCGGCGAUCUCGACGGCAUCCUUUGGCACUUCCACGGUGACCGUGAUACGAACCACGACUAUCGAUGUCGGUAACCUUACUGUGACGCCAACGACAACUAUCAAGUCAGUCGUGCCAGCUACUGCCACCCUUCCGGCGGAAUGA